GCGAGGUCUAGGAGAACGUUAGCCCGGGCAGAUCGAGCGCGCGAGGUUUUUUUUUUUUUUUUGCUGGGUUUCCGGAGCUGCGGCAAAUUUAACUACAUCAACAAAGCCGAGCAAGGGAAGGCGCGGGAAAGCAAAAGCCGAAGGAUCGGAGAUCCCCGUUCUUCAUGCAUCAUCACCCUUUUGAGCAUCAUGCACAGGAGACAUCUUCAGGAAAUUCCAGAUUUGGGAAGCAACAUCACUACAAGUGUCCCAUGGACCUGGCAUCCCAACAAGACUUCAGAUCUCCUCGCAGGCAUGGGAGUGUCUGCUCUUAAACUGGACAGUGAGAACACCCCCCAGGAUCUGUUGAUGUGUGUGGGCCCACCCACCAAGCGGCAGAAAGUGAGGGAAAGCAAAUUUCUGAUUAUCCACCAGCCUAGACUGCUUCAAGAGAUAGUAGCAGGUACCGGUAUUUCUUGGGAUACUUUGCCAGAUGAACUGCUGUUGGGAAUCUUUUCCUAUCUAAACUUGACCGAUUUGCUGAAAGUUUCCCAGGUUUGUCAGAGAUGGCAUCGCCUUUCGCUUGAUGAGUCGCUCUGGCAAAGUCUUGAUCUUGCAGGUAAAAAUCUUUUGCCAGGAGUGAUUGGCCAAUUGUUGCCCUUGGGAGUGAUCGCCUUCCGCUGUCCAAGGUCCUGCAUUGCAACACCUUUGUUUAAAACAAGCAGGGCACUUUGUGUGCAACAUCUGGAUUUAUCAAAUUGUACAAUAAAUGUUCUAGAUCUCGAAGAUAUCCUUGGCAGAUGCCAGAGUCUGCAGAAUCUCAGCCUAGAAGGUCUCGUACUUUCUUCUGAUAUCGUUAGAAGUAUAGCACAAAACCCCAAUUUGGUCCGGCUAAACUUAUCCGGAUGUUCUGGAUUCUCUGCAGAUACUGUGGAAGUGUUGUUGAAAAGCUGUCCAAGGUUAGAAGAAUUGAAUUUAGGCUGGUGUGACUUCACAGCUGAGCAUUUGAAGAUCGUAGUCAGUCAUGUUCCUUCCAAACUAUUGCAAUUGAACCUUAGUGGAUACAGGCAGAAUCUCCUGAUCCCAGAUGUUAAAACAUUACUAGAGAGAUGCUCUGGUCUAAUCCAUUUAGAUUUAAGCGACAGUGUUAUGUUGAAGCCUGAAUGCUUUGCUUGCUUCCACCAACUCAAACACCUUGAACACCUAAGUCUUAGUCGAUGCUAUCAAAUACCUCCCUCUGCUUUACUUGAACUUGGUGAAAUUGCUACGCUCAAAACACUGCAAGUUUUUGGAAUAGUGACUGCCAAUUCCCUACAGCUCUUAAAGGUGACGCUUCCUCAUAUAAAGAUCAAUACCUCCUAUUUUUCACCUAUUGCAAGGCCCACCAUUGGCUGCAAAAAAAACCAAGAGAUUUGGGGAAUCCAAUGCAGACUGAACUUGAGAAAUCUGGCUGGGGUUUAAUACAUCUCGAAAGACUCUGACUUCUACCAACAGCAACAUGAGUUCCUCAAGUCUUCACUGUGGAAUUCUUGGCAUUCCGUUUUAAUCUCACAAUUUGCAGUUACUGACCUGGUUUUAUCAGUUUAUGACCAAAUGCUAUCAAGUAUUUUACAAGUUGUAUUUUUUUUAAUGUUCCACGACUUAUACUGAGGCCUAUCCAAGAAACGGUAAUCAUGCACAAAUAGUUGCCAUGCAAUAUGCAAGCUCUCCUUGUGGAAAUAUAUAUUUUUUUAAAAAGUAGCUCUAGUUAAUAAAACUUGUCCAAAUGUUCAUAUUCUCUGUUUUAUCCAUGCCAGUUGUUGUUGUUGUUGUUGCAGGGAGUAGGACGUAUUCGUGCUGAUAUACUUAAGAUUCUGGCCUUUAUCUCACAGCUCCUGGAAACAUCAUAGUUUAAUUCUCCAUUUAGAUCACAGCCCUGGAAUUUCUGGUCUUGUAUCUCAAUGUUCAUUGAAUACAACCAACAUAGCUAAAUGUCGCUAAUUGUUACAGAUAUCCCUUAUAAUAGCAUUUGGGAUGAAUUUCCAAAGCUAAGUGAUGUUAUUGUACAGCACAAUGUCACGUGAUUGCAUUGCUUAGCAAUGGCGACCCCUGCAGACCAGGGGUGAAAUGCUCCUGGUUCGGACCAGAUCGCCUAAUCCGCUAGCGAUGGCAGGUGGUUUGGAGAACCGGUAGCAAAAAUCCCUCCCCACCCCCAUGCCCAGCUGAGCUGCGCAAUCAUCAGAGGCUUUUUAUUUUAUUUUUAAAAGCAUUUUUUCUACAACCUCUUCAGCCGAAAAAAAUGCUUUUAAAAGUAAAAACAAAGCCUCUGCCGAUCAGGCAAGUCAACUGGGAUCGUCAGAGGCUUUUACAAGCAUUUUUUUACAACCUCUUCAGCCAGAGGUUGUAGAAAAAAUGGUUUUAAAAGUUAAAAAAAAAUGGCCAUGCCUCUUAGUCAUAUUACACCCUCCACCAAGCCACGCCCACAGAACCGGUAGUAACAAAUUUUACAUUUCCCCACUGCUGCAGACCUUAUUGCCUCUGUUAAGCGAAGAUUGUGGUUCAUUAAGUGAGCACCUCUUGCAACUUCCUGACGGCUUCCCACAAGCAAAGUCAGUGGGCUAGUUGGCAGGAAGGGGUAAGUCCCAGGGGAAUCACAAGCAGAUUGGCCGACGGUAAGUGGCUGUCGCUGGGUGAGACAGGGAGUGGCGUAAUAUGUGGAUGACUGGACAGGCACAGCACAAGCACAGUUAGCCAGUAAAGCUUGGGUCGAAUACGGAGGGGCUGGGGGAAAGUGCAGACGGGUAUACUUGCUGGAGUAACUUGCAACAUUCUCUGCUGGCUUCCCCACUGAAUUUACUUGUGGGAAGCCAGCAGGGAAAGUGCAAAUUGUAAUCAUGUUAUUGCAUGACACCACAAGAAGUUGGUUGCCAAGGACCUAGAUCACGAUCACUUGAUAGCAGGGCUAGUAGGAUGGCUGACCAUAACCACCAUUUGUUCAACACCAUUUUAAGUUUAGACAAUGAACAGGAAAUUAAUAGAGGACUGUCAGUACUACAUAUAGGAAUGCAAAUUAAAAAGUAAAGGCAUAAUACAAAUAAACACAUCCGAAUCCUGCUGUUAUUGACCAUCUUGUCAAAACAUUAAAAAUAACUUAUAACCAAAUCAUAAAAAUGUGUUUUUCAAAGUCUGCAUGUUUCCCUGCACACCUGAUUUUUUUUUCUGCUGAGAAAAUAGUAGCAAAAUAAAAGUGUCUAGUUAAAAUAUAACUAAAUUGCCCUUAAAAGAGAAAACCAAUAAGGGAAAUCCAAGGAGUAAAACAUAAUUGCAACCUGAUUUUUUUCAUGAAAUAGGAUAUUAAUUUUGCUACAUGAAAGACUCAAAGGGCAAAUAUAGUUGCAUUAGUUCUAAAUGCACUAUGAGAAAUUACUAUGACAUAUCCUUUUUCCUAAUUCUCUUGUGGCCCUAACAGUACAAUAUUUAAGAAGAAAAUUAAGUCCUAUUAUCUACAAGAUUUUAUAAAGAUGUGCACGGAUUAUGUAAUAUUCUAAGUGCAAAGAUUUAACAUUCUAAAAUGUAUUUCCUGUUAUGGUAAAUGUUAGUGACAUACAAAGCAGUUAAAAAAGCAAGAAAAAUUCAUUUAUUAAUUUACUAACCACAGCAUACAUUAUUUUAAAUAAAACAAUUUUGAAAAAAGG